AAUUAGUUGUGCCUUAGCUUGGCUACGAAUCACAUCUAUUUCGAUUUCUUUCAUGCUAUUUAUUUCGUUUUCUGUAAAGAAUUUUGGCAUUAUAAUAUUUUCUUCGGUUAUUUCAAGCUUCAAGUAAGCUUGAAAUUACAAAAAAAUGUUUUCAAGCAGCUCUCAUAUACAAUGUCCAAGAAGAAUGCCUCACUUGUAUACAUCUUCGAUAAUGAAAUGCUAUUUCAAUAAAAUAUUUCACUUAUCGAUUAUACACAAACGAGGAUAUAUUCCCCACUCAUGGGGAAUUAAAUGGAUUUAUGUUAUUUUGAGUUGUCUAUUCUUGACGAUAAAUGCGAACAUGCAACAAGUCGAACAAUGCAUGAAUUUUCCAACAGCAGGAUGGACAGUACCAAAAGGUGAAAUAAUUGUGAAAUAUGGCAACAACUUGCAAAUUUGGUGUAAUUUAAAUGAGACGUUUAUAGCUAAAGAAUAUUCGGGUACAAAUUCUUCGAAUAUCUUCUUCGUUCGCGAUAAUAUAACAGUAGAGCAGAAAUUCGUUACUAUAAUCAAUAAAACAACAGCACUAUUGACCAUUAAAUCGCCACCAGUCGGACAAUUUAAAUAUUUUUGCCAUUUGGAUGUACUUGGCAUAUUCAGAACUGUUUGUUUUAAUAAAGUUUUAGUUGCGUAUGGACCUCAACGGCCAAAAAAUUUUACUUGUAGAUCCUAUAAUUGGAAGAAUAUAACAUGUACAUGGGACGUAUCACAGCACUAUGUACCAACAACCCAUGAAUUAUUAUAUGUAAUACACACAACAGAAGGAAUAGAACCUGUUCCUUGUCCUACAGAAAAAGCGAAAAAUGAUUCUUGCACUUGGACUCAACAUACAUAUCCAACAUACAGGCAAACAAAAGAAAAAUAUGACUUCAUAAUGCACAUUCAAAAUAUGUUUGGCAGAAAAUCCUUCGUAUUUGAUACUAUCGAUCAUUUUGCUAUAGUUAUUCCUGCAAAACCUAGGCAUGUAUCGGUGAUUAACGAAACAUUGAAUAGUGCAACGUUAUGUUGGCAAUCUCCCUUUGCGAUGAACAAUUUUCCUCCUGGUUUAACUCAUAAAGUUAUGUAUAAGAAUCACCGGAAUCAUCAUGAAAACAAAUGGAAGAUUAUUAAUAUUGAUACGGAGCCUCUUUUGCACAAGAGAUGUUCUACUCUUACCGGAUUACACGCUAAUACCGCGUAUGAUGCACGUGUUUAUUUAAGAAGCGCCAAGGCCGUAGAAGAGAAUAUGUAUAGUGAACCCGCUGUUACUAUAUUCAAGACAUUGUUAACGUCACCUAGCUUUCCACCGCGAACCGAUAUUGGUAGCUUCGAAAUUGUCGAACACAAUGAAACUCGAGAUAUAUAUUUAUAUUGGCAAAUGAUAAAGCAAUAUCAUGAAAAUGGUGAUAAAUUUAAGUAUCACGUUAAGCAUGUGGAAGAAAAUAAUCAUCAAACAUUUCUCAAACCAAUCGAGAUAACCAAAACGUAUGCUAAAUUUGAAGAACUCAGCUUUAAUAAAUACCGAUUUGAGAUUUACUCGGAGAAUGAAGUCGGCAUUAAUAAGAAUUAUACAGAAAUUAUUAUACCUAAUCAAGGUGAGUUGCCACAUGGACCAAUAGAAUUUACAAUAAUGGCUUUCGAAAAAGGAUUGUACGAAUUGUCAUGGGUGCCGCCGAUAACUCAUGAAGACAUCACGAAUUAUACCAUUUUUUGGUGUGACAACCAACGCGAUCGUCCUUUUCAGUGCACAGGUUACUUGAACUGGACACAUGUAUCCAUGAAUACUACAGUCUAUAACAUAACGGUACCAAAUUCUAACAAAAUAUAUCAAUUCGCGAUUUCCGCUAAUACGAAUAAGGGCAGCAGCGGUAUGAUAUGGUCAUCUUGCACGGUGAUUCGCCCAAAAAAGAUCGACAAAAUGAAAUUCGUGUGGAUUAAUCGUAUUGAAUUAGACUUCAUCGAGGUUGGAUGGAGGUUUGACUGUUUAGAUCGUAUUGGAGUCAUCGAAGAAGUGAAAAUUUACUACUGUCCUACUGUGUCAGAGUUAAAUACCAAUUGCAAAGAACCCAAGCGCAAUAUUAGCGUCAAAUACGAUCCAUACAGGAGACACGGCACUGUCCAAAACUUAACGGCCCGUACUACGUAUAAGCUCGAAGUCACGAUAGUGACCAAGUAUGGUGAGAGUCAACCUAGGUCUUUUCAUGCACUUACUACUAAGACAAAAUGCAGUAUUUCGUCCUAAAAUGUUUGAUUUCAAAACUGUUGGAAAACGAUAUAAAUUUAGAGCCAUUAAUAUCGGUUCCAAUAAUAAAUAUUUAGUGAGACCUUGAUCUGAAAUUGGAGAAGAUAAUUGUUAUAGUAAUGAUCAAUAUUUUAUUAGAGAAGAAGACAAAAAUAAUUAU